GAAGCCACAGCUGAAAGCAAUUAUGUGGUUAGUCUUGAUUAAAGCUGACUUGAGAGACGAGGGAAGUCAUCUUGGGACACAUUUGGAAAAAUCUAGUCUAAACUCUACAUAGCUUAAUUAGCAGAUUGUGAGAUUUUCUGGUUUUAGUGACAACAACUGGUGAAAAGUUAUUUUAAGAAAAACAUGUCAGAAGAAAAGUGCAAAACACUGAGAUGCAGUCAAGCCUGGAACUACAUCCCGCCGGGUCGGCAGCUUCCUCGCACUCCUCCAAUGGCCGAUGUGAAGAGGAAUUUGAGUUUUUUGGAUCCAGAUGCGAACCAUUCACAUCCAGAUCAGAACAACAAGGUGGAGAGCAGAGAUCGAGUUGAGCUGCAGAAAACUCCUCUCUGCUGGGAUCCGGAGCUAGAUGCCCCUGAAUCCAUGCUGAAGGGCAUGAGGGGCUACCAGCUGACAGAAGCUGACCUGGAAUUCAUCAAAAAGACUAAAGAACAACAAGUUUUCAAAAAGCUUCAGGGAGAUCUGCAGGAGGUGCAGAAACGGCUGAAGAAGGAAAUGUUUGCCUUGGACCUUGCAUAUGCCUCUAGGAAGAAGGGGCAGGAUGAGCUUGAUAAGUUCCCAUCCUGUGAAGACCUCACUACCUGGUCCAAACUGGUGAUCAGAAAGACCACCCCUUCAGUGGAGUUGGACCAUUUGGGUGUGAAGUCUCUUGUAGCCAUGGUGACAACGGAAAACAUUCAGAGCUUCAUGGAUGAGAAGAAGAGAGGGAUGGAUGAGAUGAAGAGGACAGCAGCUGAAAAGAAGGAGAGGGACAACCUGGAAAGGGAUCGACUUGAGAAACAAGUUGUGACUGAUGAGAUGAAGAUCCAGAAGCUGAUGAGGGAGUUGGCUGACCUGAAGUCUAGACUCCUAGAACAGAAGGUGGAGGAGAAGUCUGCAGAACCACGAGCUGCUAAAAGCAAAGCGAAGCAACAAGAAAGGCAAGGAAAGGCGACUGAAGGUCCACAAAAGCUCAUUACUGGUAAAUCAACUCGACGUGGGCAUGUAGAUGAGACAAAUGCUUUGAGGACGAUUCCUGAGGAAAAUCGGCACCAGAAACCCGGAGCAGUGUUGGAAUCAAAGCCAUUAAAAGCCUCAACAAAAAAACCUCGGAGGGUGGAGAAGGAAGAGGUGCCUGAACGGGCCGAGGGAGGGCGGCAAAAACCUGCAGACAGUUGGAGGAAGGCGACCUUGGAGAAUAACCCAAAAGAAUCACAUCAAGAGUCUCACUGUGGACAGGAGGCAGAGGAACAACCUCACUGUCUUGGUCUGAGACGUUCCAAGAGGAUCGCCAACAGGAAGUAG